AUGAUUGCAUGGUCUUUACCGAGGAUGAAACUCAAUGAACGGCCAAUUGCUAGACUCAAGCAAAUCAAUCACAUACUGAAUCCACAAAGAGGUUUUAGUUCCGUAAAACAGGGCAGCAAAUAUAGUCCAAAUUUCAAACAGUACUUGAAGCUCCCUAAUGGUGAAACAGGCUCAUUUUUUCAUGACGUUCCUAUGGAUCUUAAUCUUAAGGAUAGGACAGCUCAAAUGAUCGUGGAAGUUCCUCGUUGGUCCAACGGUAAGUUUGAAAUCUCUAAGGAUUUAGAGUACAACCCCAUUGUCCAGGAUAUGAAAAAAGGUAAGGUGAGGUUCGUCCAUAAUAUAUUCCCUUACUGUGGUUAUAUUCACAAUUAUGGUGCUAUUCCACAAACUUGGGAAGAUCCAACAGAGAAUUCACGGAAUGGAGGUCUUGAAUCGCUAGCAGGUGAUAAUGACCCGCUCGAUUGUUGCGAAAUAGGAUCCAGCAUACUACAGACUGGAGACAUAAAAACCGUUAGAAUCUUAGGCUCGCUAGCGUUGAUUGACGAUGGUGAGUUAGACUGGAAAAUUAUCGCAAUAAAUGUAGAAGAUCCUAUAUCAUCUCAGCUACAGAAUCUUAAUGAUGUCAACAAAUACCUGCCUGGUAUUUUGGAAGCUACAAGAGAAUGGUUCAGAGACUAUAAAAUACCAGACGGUAAACCAAGCAAUUCUUUCGCUUUCAAUGGGCAAUAUAAGGAUGUUGCAGAUACGAUAGAAAUUAUUCAAGAUUGCCAUGACUCUUGGAAGAAGCUUGUCAGUGGCUCAAAGGAAAAUGAAGAUUUUAAAGGAUUGCCGCAAAUAAAACGUGCCGGAGCAGAUUUCGCUGUGAAAGCAGAUGAGCAACCCGCGCAGCCGAUUCCUAAAGAUAUUCAUAAGUGGUGGUAUAUCUAG